AUGAGGUCCGCAGAAUCUCUGUCGGGACCUAGACUACCAGCACCGGUUCCACGACGUGUUCCCCGCGCGGAUUUACGAUCAAAAUCAUCGGAUUUGCCUCACAUCAAGAAAUCGAAACUAGAUCCUGUUGAUCCUCAGGUUCCUGACGGUGGUGCCGUGGAUACUCGUCUAGAGGACACCAUGGCAACUGCCAGAAGAGCAACGAAUGGUGAUGAUAACUCAAUUGUGGACAGCGUAAAGCUACAUAUUCCAUCAGAGAAGUCCGAACAUUGUCAGGCAGAUGCCGCAGAACAAUGCCCACUCGUCAAAGGGGUUGAUACAUCUUUACGCCGCACACCUUCAUUCCAUCCAGAACCGAAUCAAAUGAACGGGUUUCAACCAACUCUGAAAUCGUCCGAACAAGACCAUGAACCAAAUGUUCGCUCUAUGCAACAGGGGACCGGUGCCUUACCACCAAUAUCGGAACAGUCAACGGCCGGGACACAGUUUCCCCACGUCCCAUUUUCAUCGAUCCCAAUCAGUUCGGAACCGUCACCUAAGCCGUCCUCACAAGGUUCAUUUUUUCAACGUGCCAAAGGUGAGUAA